AUGUCAAACAACAAAGAGAAACAUAUUAAAAAGAAAACUCUAGUAUACUAUAAUUACAUCAUCAUGGCAAAUAUUAACAAACCAUUCACACUGAAAUUGAUUUCAAUAUUUCUCAUUGUUCUUCUAAUUCAUGGCUUUGCCUAUAGAUAAUAAUAAUCACGUUCACAUGAUCUCCUUCUUCUCCUCCUUGUUCUUAUUAUUCUUGACUAGUUUUCCAACAACAAUUUGUCAAGAACAACAACAUAACAAACAUGAAGAGUGUACAAAACCAUACACAUGUGGAGAAAUAUCCAACAUAUACUAUCCAUUUUGGGGACAAAACAGACCAAGUUAUUGUGGCAGCAACAACCAAUUCAAACUCAAAUGUGAUUCUCAUCAUCAAAACACAACCAUUCAAAUUGGUUCACAAAAUUUCCACGUGUUGCGUGUUGAUCAAAUUGAUGACAUCAUCACAAUGGUUCGAAAAGGCCUUGUUUAUGAUAAUUGUUCUUCUAGUUUAACAAACAAUUCUUUGAACUCGAAUCUCUUUCAUUACAUGUCAAACGUAAGGAACAUCACCAUCUUAUAUAAUUGUCCUAAUGACUUCAAGCUUCCAAAUGGCACAGACACGAACAUAAACUCGUUUUUGUGCAAGGAAGAUGGGACGAAGCGUGGUUUCUAUGUGGAUUCUGCAGCUGCAGAGGGUCUAGAAUGUGAAGGAAAUAAUAGAAUUGAAGUUCAAGUAACACAGGAAGUAAAAAUUGGUGGUGGAAUUGAAGGACUGAACAAGGCUUUGAGUGGUGGAUUUGAUGUGAAAUAUGUUUCGGAUUCUCAAGCAUGCUUAAGAUGUUUUUUAAGUAAUGGAACUUGUGGUGGCAAUGAUAAGUCUCAGUUUUCUUGCUAUUGCCCUGAUGGAACUGAAAGUUUUGAUUGUUCUCAUCUCCAUAAUAAUCGAUGGAAUUGGAAAAGGAAGGUUGGUGUAGGAGUUGGUGCUGCUGUGUUCAGUGUAGUUGCAGCAGGCAUUGCCAUUUACAUAUAUUAUUAUUGCAGAAAGAAGAAAAAGAAUGUUAAUUCAGUAUCACCUGCGCUAUCUCAUAGCGUCUCUGGUUGUUCUGGUUCAGAAGACUCUGAGAAGGGAAAUAGAUACCGUGGACUACACUUCUUUACUUAUAGGGAACUUGAAGAGGCUACAAACUACUUUGAUUCUGCAAGAGCACUAGGAUAUGGAGGCUUUGGGACAGUGUACUUUGGAAAACUUCGGGACGGGCGAUUGAUUGCAGUGAAACGCAUGUAUGAGAACAACUACAGAAGAGUUGAGCAAUUUGUGAAUGAAGUUGAGAUUUUAACUGGCUUACACCAUCAAAAUCUUGUGUCAUUAUAUGGAUGCACUUCGCGCCACAGCCGCGGACUUCUUCUUGUAUAUGAAUAUGUUCCUAAUGGAACUGUUGCUGAUCACCUUCAUGGUCCACAAGCAAAACCUGGCAUGCUACCUUGGAAUACAAGAAUGAACAUUGCCAUAGAAACUGCUAGUGCAUUGGUAUAUCUUCAUGCUACUGACAUCAUCCAUAGAGAUGUGAAAACCCACAACAUUCUCCUUGACAAUCAUUUUAGUGUCAAAGUAGCCGAUUUUGGACUUUCACGUCUAUUUCCAAACCAUGUCACACACAUUUCAACAGCUCCACAAGGGACUCCAGGUUAUGUUGAUCCAGAAUACCAUUUGUACUAUCAGCUUACCGAUAAAAGCGAUGUUUUUAGCUUUGGAGUUGUGCUAAUUGAGCUGUUAUCAUCCAUGCCUGCUGUUGAUAUCUCAAGACAUAGGCAAGAGAUCAAUUUGUAUUACAUGGCUGUUAAGAAGAUUCAAAAUGGGACAUUGCAUGAGCUUGUGGACCCUACACUUGGGUUUGAAUCAGAUUUCAAGGUAAGGAAAAUGAUGAAUGCAGUGGCAGAGUUAGCAUUUCAGUGCUUGCAGAGUUCUAAAGAUGUGAGACCUUCUAUGGUUGAAGUUUUUGAAAGGCUUAAAGAUAUUCAUAGUGAUGGGAUAUAUAAAUGUAAACCUCAGGUGUUAGAUAUCUCAGGAGAUGCUGCUGCUGCUGCUUUGAUUAAGAAUAAACCACCACCACCUUCACUUGACUCAAAUUUGGUAGAAUCCGGCUCCUCUACAGUCGGAAUAUAGAUGACCGUUCAUCAAGAUCGAACAGUCUAGAAUCAAGCUAGCUUUUAUGGAUUAUAUUAUAAAAAUUAGAAUCUGCAUUUUUUAUCAUCUGAUUAAGAUUAGAUGAUCACCGAUAUCCUAAAUCAGGGAUCCGUUGACUGCAGGUCAUCCAAAUUCAUAUAGGUGAGAUAUUCUAAUACCCAUAAGAUUGAGUUGUACAUAAGAUUGAGUCUAUGUUGUUCAGUUUGACUAGUUGAGUAAACUUUUGUAUGCAUGGUAUAUUUAUACAGAACUAAAAACAGAUUUGAAGUAGCAGUUUAAUAAUUGAAA